AUGGGAGAUGCUGCCAAGCGAGUCAAAAACAGAGGUUUAAUGGAUGAAGAGGAUUUUAAAAGAAGUCCUGGAAAGCAAUCCUAUUUGGCUCAUGAAUGCCAUGGAAAGAAGCUAGAUACUCAAAAAUCUAAGCCUAUUCCUUACAGCAGCAGUCCCCGAAAUGGGACUUCUCAGAACACGCUCAAAAGUUUCAGCCCGGGGGGGCGAACAGGUACUAAUCAUAAAGAUGAAGGAAACCGGUGGUUAGCGGAAGAGCAGAGAAGUAACUGUGAUAACUGGAGGAAUAGACGACCACAGGCUUUUAACAGAACAAGGAAUGAUUCAACUAGUGACAAAGGUGAUGGCUAUAGGUGGCAGGACACUGGGGAGCGACGUAACCAGUUGGGAAGAUCUCCAAUGCAGAAAGGUGCCUUUCCAGAAGAUGCUUCCGAUCACACUGGCAUUUCUGUGACACGUCAUAAACAAAAACGUGACAGACGUCUCCGCAAGUCUGAGCAGGAAGAGGAUGACUGCCUAGAAAGCCCCGUCAUAGAUGAAUCCACCUUGUCUGAAAAGGAGCUGCUAGGGCUUCAGCAAGCGGAGGAACGCCUAAAGAGAGAUUGUAUUUACAGACUGAGAAGGCGUCCUCGAAAGUAUCCGACAGCGAUCUAUUGUUGUAAACUUUGCGAUGCUCUUGUGGAUUCUAUAUCUUCUGCACACAAACACAUAAAAGAGAAGAGGCACAAGAGGAAUUUAAGGGAAAAAAGGGAAGAGGAGUUAUUGACCACUCUUCCGCCACCAAAUGAAUCGCAACUGCAAGCUAUUGGAAUAGCGAUUAAUAAAGUGGUGCAGGAACAUGGCUUGGAUGAAGAAGACUUGGUAGAAAGGCUAUCCACUGUGUCUGCAAUGGAAACACUUAUUCAGGAGAAUCUUCCAGGCUGCUCUCUUAGGCUGUAUGGAUCCUCCUGCAGCAGAACGGGAUUUAAAAAUUCUGAUCUGAACAUAGAUAUUCAGUUUCCUGCCAGUAUGAAUCAGCCGGAUGUUCUCUUAUUAGUUCAAGAUAGCCUGAAACAGAGUGAUUUGUUCAUAGACUUUGAUGCUGACUUCCAUGCAAGAGUGCCUGUUGUGGUUUGUGCAGAAAAGAGGAGUGGUCGUCUUUGCAAAGUAAGUGCAGGCAAUGAAAAUGCUUGUCUCACCACCAACCUGCUCGCUACUUUGGGCUUAUUGGAAUCAAGGCUCAUACCUCUGGUUGUGGCUUUUAGACACUGGGCAAAGCUCUGUGGCAUAGACAGACCUGAAGAAGGGGGCUUACCGCCAUAUGUACUUGCUCUCAUGGUUGUGUUCUUCCUUCAACAAAGAAAAGAGUCUGUUCUACCUGUCUAUUUGGGAUCAUGGAUUGACGGCUUUUCGAUGUCCAAAUUGGGGCAGUUUAACUUGGGAGAGCUUGAGAAAGAGUUUGUGAUUUGGACACAGACUGCUGCUGGAAAUGGAGAGAGUGUCCUAAAUGAGCAAUGCCAGUUAAAAGGAAAGGCUCCAGUCAUCUUUCCUGACAAACCAUGUUCUGCCUCUGUUGGUCAGCUGUGGGUUGACCUGUUAAGAUUUUAUGCUUUGGAGUUCAAUAUGGGCGACUUUGUCAUCAGUGUUCGUGUUAAGGAGAAAAUAUCUAGGGAACUGAAAGACUGGCCCAAAAAACGUAUUGCUGUGGAAGAUCCAUACUCUGUUAAGAGGAAUGUUGCAAGAUCCUUGAACAGUCAAUUAGUGUUUGAGUUCAUGCUUCACUGUUUGAAGGCUACAUACAAAUAUUUUGCUAUGCCACAAAAUAAAUCGCAGAAAUCCACAAAGAAGCCGCCAACUGAUUCCACUUUAGUUGUUGAAUUGGAAGGUAUAGGAAGCAGAACUGGUGUUGAAAGCGAACCACAAUCCAACCUUGUUCUUGAUGCAAGUCAAAAACUGGAACAUUUGGCUACAGACAACACAUUGAACACUUCUUCCGUUGGCACGACCCACUGUGAAAGGUUAAAGGUUGCAGUAAAUAAAAAGCUAGUGUUUGACACACUUCCUGAACUUACUAUUGAAGAUGAUUGUAUAACAGCAGACCCUCAAUAUGCCAUCAAGAGCAGUGGUGAUCUAAAUAGUGCUCCUGACGGGUCAGAUAAUGAUCACCCUAUACCAAAGGAAAAGCGACAAAAUGAUUACAUUUUGAUUGGCCAUGGCUUUGAUGAUGACAGUGAGGGUGGUGAGGCUCAUUUGGCAGGAAAUGAAGAAACUGACAGCCUUUCUGACUUUGAAGGGGACCUGGGAGCUGAAGGUCAUGACUUUGGUUUGGAGAAUGUGGACAUGUAUGCUGUAAAGGUUGACUUGGAUGAAGAAAGCACAGAGGGAACUGAUGAGCUAGAGGAGACUGCACAUGAUUUUGUGACCGAAAGUUUUGAUCUGGCAGAUGUGAAUAAUUCAGAUGAGGAUGAAGAUGAUGAAGAAAAUAGCCUGCUUUUGAAUCGCAGAGAGCAUUUGGAUAGUCUUACUGCAGAUGAAGAGCUAGAGAAUACAUAUACUGGUUCAGCAGAUGAUCUCUUGUCAGAAGAUGAACAGCAGACAGAACAUGUGUCUAAGAUUUUAAAAGAUUAUGAAAAAAGCAAUGCAGAACUUUCUGAUACUUUAGAAGAUGAAGAUCCCAAGCUAUUACUGUUAACUGAAAGCUGCGGCAUUGAGGAUGCUAUUUUAUUUUAUGAAUUUAGCAAGCCCACUUUCACCAGAGGCAAGCGGCCUACUGUCGUGUGUAACUUGUGUAAGAAAGAAGGACAUCUAAAAAAAGACUGCCCAGAAGACUUUAAAAAAAUUGAACUGGAACCCUUGCCAACUUUAACUUCAAAGUUUUGCCAAAUUUUGGAUCAAGUUUGUAUGCAGUGUUACACGGAUUUUUCUCCAUCAGCACUAGAGGGUAAAGCUCGUGAACAUAUACGGCAGGAUCUGGAAGAUUUUAUAAGACGUGAAUUUCAGGGAGCAAGACUUAACUUGUUUGGUUCCUCAAAAAAUGGCUUUGGAUUUAUAGAAAGUGACCUGGAUAUCUGCCUGACAUUUGAUGGGCUUGAAACAGCUGAGCCUCUGGAUUCGAUAAGAACGAUUGAAGAACUGGCAAGACAUCUUCGAAAACAUCAAGGGCUGAGGAAUAUCCUUCCUAUUACAACAGCAAAAGUACCAAUUGUAAAAUUCUACCAUGUACGAAGUGGCCUUGAAGGAGACAUCAGUUUAUAUAACACACUGGCACUUCAUAACACUAGGCUUUUGGCAUCUUAUGCUGCUAUAGAUCCUAGAGUAAAAUACCUUUGUUACAUCAUGAAGGUGUUCACCAAGGUGUGUGACAUUGGAGAUGCUUCCAGAGGCAGUCUGUCUUCAUAUGCCUAUACUCUUAUGGUGCUAUACUUCCUUCAACAGAGAGAUCCACCUGUUAUCCCUGUUCUCCAAGAGAUUAACCUAGAUGCUCAUAAGCCCGAAAAACUGGUUGAUGGCUGGAAUGUGUACUUCUUUGACAAACUGGAUGACUUGUCAAAGUACUGGCCAGAUUAUGGAAAAAAUAAGGAGUCUCCUGGUGAACUAUGGCUGGGGCUUCUUCGAUUUUAUACUGAAGAUUUUGAUUUUAAAGAACAUGUCAUUUCUAUCAGAAGAAAAAGCUUGAUAACCACUUUUAAAAAGCAAUGGACUUCCAAAUACAUAGUCAUUGAAGAUCCUUUUGACCUAAAUCACAAUCUGGGUGCUGGAUUGUCUAGAAAGAUGACUAAUUUUAUAAUGAAAGCUUUUAUCAAUGGAAGGCGGUUAUUCGGCACUCCACUGAAAAUUUUUCCAAAAGAAUAUCGCUCUAAAAUGGAAUAUUUCUUUGAUCCAGAUGUUCUGACUGAAGGUGAACUUGCUCCCAAUGACAGAUGUUGUAGAAUUUGUGGCAAAAUUGGACACUUUAUGAAAGACUGCCCUAUGAGAAGAAAAGUUAGAAGACGCAAUCACGAAACUGCCUCAAGCCAAAACCAAAGAUACCCAGACAGACCGCAAAGAAAAAUUGAGGACAAGGAAAUGCAGGGAAGUGGUGUGAGCAUGGAUGGAAGAGAACUUCAUGCAACUCCAAGAAAAGCCCAGCAAGGAACUUGGGGCAACAAUGAGCUCUGCAAAGAUAGAACACCUAGAUCUGGCUCUGAAAAGUGAGAAGACCAGAAGACAGAGAGGAAAGAGAGCUUAGGGAAAAACGCUGUUUCAUUUGUGGACGGGAGGGUCAUAUUAAGAAAGAAUGCCCUCAGUAUAAAGGGGCGGCAGGGAGCCCCAAGUCUGAGAUCUUGUAUGGAUCGCCAUCUGCAGCCAGUCCUCAGAAACCACACACCCGAUUUAUCCCAGUAGUACCAUCACAAGAUGAUAGGAAAAAACAAAUGUCCUUCAGUCCUCAGUCAGGCAGCCUUUCCAGUAAAUACAUGUCUCAGGGAAAAGCCUCUCAGAAGAGGACACAACAGGAAUCAUAA